CCAAGAAAAUAUAAUUUUUCUUUUGGCUCCUCACCAAGAAAAAGAUUCUACCGGAGGAAAGUACCGGAUUUUUUAGACGAAUUCAGAAAAUGGGUCUACCCUUUGGAAUGAAUUAAUAUUUUUUUCCCCCAAGAAACAGAGAAGAACUUCAAGAUUUCAAUGUUUUCUUAUCGGCGUCUUCUUCUUUCCUGCAAACAUGCUGCGAAUCAGGCCGCCAAUUUUCUCCGAGGGUCUGGGCCAUCUAGACGAAUUCAAUCAUUCAAUUACAGCAAAUCAACAAGACAGGGCGGCCAUGGAAGGACGGAUCUUAACCCUCAACUGCCUAUAGGAACUCAAACUUCUUAUCGCUCACGUGCUCGUUAUGCUGCUCCAGCACUUGUGUUUGGAUUUGCUGGAUUCGUGGCGUUUCUUCAUUACAACGAUGAAAGGAGAGCAGUUCCAAAAGGUCAACCAAGCAGCAAUAGCGGUUGUGGCUGCGGUUCUAAUACAACCGUUAAAGGUCCAAUUAUCGGAGGUCCAUUCACGCUUUUGAGUACACAAAACACGAUAGUCACUGAGCAAGACUUUUGUGGUAAAUGGGUUCUACUCUACUUUGGUUACUCGUUUUCCCCUGAUGUUGGACCCGACCAAUUGAAGAUGAUGUCCAAAGCAGUUGAUAAACUAGAGUCUAGUGAUAACCAGAAGAUUCUGCCUGUCUUUGUCACUCUUGACCCUUUGCGAGAUACACCUUCUCAUCUUCACGCAUACUUGAAAGAAUUUGAUAGUAGAAUACUUGGAUUGACCGGAUCUGCAAGUGCAAUGAGACAAAUGGCACAAGAGUAUCGUGUUUAUUUCAAGAAAGUUCAAGAAGAUGGAGACGAUUAUCUUGUUGAUACUUCUCACAACAUGUACUUGUUGAAUCCGAAGAUGGAGGUUGUGAGAUGCUUUGGUGUUGAGUAUAAUCCAGAUGAGCUCUCACAAGAGGUUCUUAAAGAAGUUACUUCUGUUUCACAAUAACUCAUUUUGACCAAACACUAAGAGAGAUGUUCACAAAAUGAACCGCUAAGAUGCUUUUGACUGUUUUCAUCCAGUGGUGAAUUUCUUCUUAGAUUCUUCUAUUGUUAUUGAAAAAAAUGAAAAUUACGGUGUAGAUCCAACAAACUGAACAAAGUCGAUAAAGUGGCAUGGAAAUUUUCCAAUCUAUAAAUUUUUU